AUGAGAUUAGUGAAACAUUCUUAAUUAGUUGUUCAUUUUCUGAAAAUCUAAAAGGAACAACCUAGAUUCGAGUUAAUGUCUUAAGUAGUUCAACAUUUUAUUACUCCAACCUCAUGAAAGUGACAAACUGACACGUUAUCAUUUUCGCCAAAAACAACUUUAUAUCAAAGGAGUACCUCUGAUUUGCGGCGUGCACAUGCGCAGUUAGGCGCCAGGCGACCCUUAGACCAGAUUCGUUGAUUCUGCUCGCUAACGUCGCCAUUACAUCGCCUACACGCGUGAUCGGGGAUUUCUAUUGGAGAAACCGUUUCGGACUAUCUUCAUACUGUACUGUCUUUGAUUAUAUAUCAGGGGUGGAGAAGGGAUGAGGGGAAAUGAAGGAACAGACGUCGUUUCAAAGCAUCAAUGAGUAGAUGGAAGAAACACACACAACAACCAUUUGUUUACAUCGAUUCAGAAAGCUUAAAUUCGUUCGACGUAAUGAACUACAGCUCCCACAAACCAUUGCAGAAUUAGCCUUUUUCCGGGUUUUUCGAACUUGCUAGUUAUCAGCUGAAAGCAUAAGGUGGAUGUGUGUUCCGUUGGUGAGCAGCGAUGCCCCUGGAGGUGAAAUGGCCGUUCCCACAGUGCCCGCAGCUGGCCUGGAAGGUGACCAGCACCCUGGUUAUGGGCGUGGUGGGCUCAUACAGCUACUUCUGGACCAAGUAUCUGAACUGUAUUACGGUUCAUAAUCAGGAUGUUCUAUUUGACCUGAUAGACCAACGUCCACCUGACACACCCCUCAUCACACUGUCCAAUCACCAGUCCUGUAUGGACGACCCACACCUCUGGGGAGUUCUGAGACUCAGACACCUCUGGAACUUCAACAAGAUGCGCUGGACUCCAGCUGCGUCGGACAUCUGUUUCACCAAAGAGUUACACUCCAGAUUCUUCAGCAGAGGGAAGUGUAUUCCCGUCUGCAGAGGUGAUGGGGUGUAUCAGAAAGGCAUGGACUUUAUUCUGGAGAAGCUGAAUGGAGGAGACUGGGUACACAUCUUCCCUGAGGGGAAAGUCAACAUGACUGAGGAGUUUAUACGGUUGAAAUGGGGUGUCGGCCGUCUGAUUGCAGAGUGUUCCCUUGACCCUGUUAUUCUCCCUGUGUGGCAUGUAGGUAUGAGUGAUGUCUUGCCCAAUGAGCGACCCUACAUCCCUCGUACUGGACAGAGAAUCACAGUCCUGAUAGGGAAUCCAUUCACAGUCAAAGAUCUUCUGGAGUCUCUCCGACAACAGCAGAAGAGCCAGAUGGAGAUGAGGAAGGCCCUGACAGAUUCCAUCCAGGAGGAGUUUCGUAGCCUGCGGACCAAGGCUGAGGCUCUCCACCAGCGGGUACAGACCACGACCUGAGCCCCAGGCUCCAGCCCGGCCUCCACACCUGGCCCCUACCCUAACCUCAGGGUACCAACUCAAUAUAGAGUGGACAAAGAGACUGACUGUAUACACACACACACAAACAGGAAACUAGAUUCACACACACAUACCUGUGCCUCAUAGUGUGUGCAGUCCAACCUGCUGUCUGAUAAACCAGUGGUCACCAAUGUGAUAAUUGCAAGGAGUAUCCUGCUAUGCACCUCACAAAUCAUUCAGUCAACAUACAGGCAACGUUGAGAAGACAUUGUUCUUUGCUUCAUGUUUGAAACCAAUUCAACGGGAAUGUCCAUAGAGCCAAUGUUGUGUUUAACAGGCAUUUUAUCAACCGUCCAGUUCCCUCCCGUGUUAUGAAGUCACGUGACACUCACCUCUGUCCCCACGGUAACAGCAGAACUAUGAGUAGAAGAGAAGUGUGGUUCUCACGGUAACAACAGAACUAUGAGUGGUAGAGAAGUGUGGUUCUCAUGGUAACAGCAGAACUAUCAGUAGUGGAGUGAAGUGUGGUUCCCACAGUAACAACAGAACUAUGAGUGGUAGAGAAGUGAAAUGUGGUUCUGAUCCCCUGGCAGCUUAGCAGGAACUGACAUACAGCCAGGAAAAACUACGGGUCCUAAUCACAAAUCCUUUCACUUUGUGCCCUCAAUCUCUCUCUCUAUUGCACUCUGUUUCUCUUCCGUUGUCCAUCUCUCUCACCCGAUCCCUCCUGUUGUACUGUAUCUCUCCCGUUCUCCAUCUCUCUGUUUCUCUCCCGUUCUCCAUCACUCUGUUUCUCUCCCGUUCUCCAUCUCUCUGUUUCUCUCCCGUUCUCCAUCUCUCUCU